AUGGCAGGCUCGUUUGUCCCCCGUGGGAGCGCCCCUCCUGGACACUUCCCUCAGGCCUGUCCCGUCUUCAGGCUCCUGUGGGGGGUAAAGCCAGUGUCCCGGGCCGGGCCUCUGCGGGGGGUGCAGGGAACCUCAGGGCAAGAUGACUGCUGUGGCAUCAUGUUUGGUCUGUGCAGCCUCCCUGAUCACAGAGGACUAAGCCACUGUCAUUUGUCUUCUUCUCUGGGAUACACAGAGACGUCCGUGUCGGACUGA